AUGGAUCAGAACACUCAUAGCGUUCAGGACUUGUUGUCAACUUCACGGGUUGACGCGGAUGCAAAUUAUUCAUUGAAAAUCCAGGAGUCACUUUUAGAAGAGGCGCAAGCAAAUGCUGGUGAUUGGCCCGUUGAACUGACCGUUCAGGAAUGCCCGCGACUGCUGAAGAAAGAUAUGAAACAUCUCUUCCCUGGAAUGCAUUUUGACGAUGUAAAUGUCAGUGUGAUCAAUAUUACUCAGAAGACAGAAAAUGAUAUGAAGGCAUGGAGCGAAGAAAUGGAGCAGGAACGUGAGAUGCUUACUGCUUCGUUCAUCACUUCUGCUACUGCUAUCUGUACAACUCUACGUCGUUGUGGAUACUGGGCUGAUUUCAUCGACCCUUCGUCUGGUAGACCAUACCUAGGAAAGUUCACCAAUUACACUUUAUUCGAGACGGACGAUGCCUACAAACAGAUGGGCUUCCGCAUUGAAGAUCUUGGUUGCUGCAAGGUUCUUCAACACGUUGUAUGGGGAACGAAUGCCUUUGUUGGAACCCUGUUCACCGAUGCUCCACCUGAUUGCGCCAUUGUCAAGGAUAUCGUCCGCAAGGUGAACACAGAUGAAGCUGUUGCCAGUCAGCAUAAAUGA